AGGACCGACCCAGCUGCACAACGCUACACACACAACUUUUCUCCAAAAUCGAGAUUAGGACGUUGUUCCCUUUGCGCUGUCCCACAAGCAAUUAAGCACAGCGCACAAAGGUGUGGUGGGCAAAGGGAAGUUUCAAGUUGGUGUUGUUGCAGGUGAAAAAUGUGGUUCGUGUACGUGUGCGACGAGGAAGAGAAGGAACUUGGAAGACAACAAGCUCCUGGGUCGUGUCCCUACUGUGGAGCCAAGGUUGAAGCCAUGGAUGUUGAGAUCCAGUCCAGGCUCUGCUUCUUGCCCCUCUGCUUCAAGAUCAAGAGAAAGUACUUUUGUACCCACUGCGCUAGGCGCUUAGAGUUGUAUAUGGAUUACUGAACCCCACUCCAAAUCCUCAAAUCUCCAAUUGGAACAAGGACUUUCUUGUAAAUAUACAAGUCUAGCUGCUCUUAGUUUUGUUUCUCGUUUUUAUUUUUUUUCCUUUUUAACUUGUGAGUUUGGUCGAGGAUUUGGGUGCCUACUACUUGAGACGAUGCUAUGUCAUGAAUUGGUCAUUGAAUCAAUCGGAGAUGAAAUGCACUGGAUUUUCUUUUCUUUUACAUUUUUCCUCUCUAUUUGUUUGCACCAGAAAGGGAUUAUCUCUUUCGGAAAUUAAGGAUUAGCCUUCAAGACAUGGCGAAUCAAGACUACAUUUUUGUUGAAAAAAAUGUCACAUUUAAUGUUCAACCAUGACUCGAACCAAA